ACGUGUCAUUAAUCAUCUUCCUACAUUUUCUCUAUUUUUUUUUUCUCUUUUGAAGUUGUUUUCUCUUUUACGUUGCUCCCUCUCUCCUCCAUCGAAGCGCGUCCGGUAAACCCUCCAGCGCGUGCUCUGAAUCCUCCAUUCAACGGGCUUCUGGGAUUUCUCUCCUCCAUUGAAGCAGCAUCUCGGGUUAUAGCUAUCAUAGCCCAUUACACGAUUCGUGUGGUGUGCUUUUGUCUAUUGGCAACAAGGGCGCAAGCCAAGAAAUGAGACGAGGAGCAACACAGUCUAGCGCCAAGCUUGAUGAGCACUCUUGCCUUUUCGCGACAAGCAGUAUUCGCAUCGAUGCGGCUUGACAACCAAGGUCAAGGGGGGCACAAGUGAGUUCGAGCUUUAUUUGUUUCAAGGUCUGUUCGGGAUGCUUUAAAACAUGUGGUGGCACAGUUGGUACAUAGCUUUCACAUAUUUUGAUUCUUUCACCUCUCAUACAUGAAAAAUAGGUUUCUUUGAAUGAUGAGAGGGAAUUUAUAUAAUUUUCGACAAAUUCUUCCACAACAAAUCACUUCACGACAAAUACCUCCACCAAAUUUCCAAGAUCACGAUUUUUCCUCACAAAGUAGCGUGUCAAUUGUUACUUGAUGAAGAUGAGACGUUCCUAACUUUAGCAAUGGAGUUGAUAUUGUCUCAUCAGCUAUCCCUACAAGCCCACACCACCACCACCACCACCAUAUUAACAACAAAAUGUGCAUCAUCCAAGUAGAGCUAAUUAAAGAGAGAGGGUAAAGCUCUUAUACCUAGCUACAAACAAAGUGUUUAUCUCCUAUGAGUCUUACACUCCUCCCAUGCACCUCAGGUAUCAAAGUGGCACCUCUUGAAUUACCAUCAUUGGAAAAAGCAUCAUGCAUCAUGGGGAGUAGAGCCUUUGCCUCUUUAAAAAGCACACUAUCAAAUGGGUUUGUUACCAUGAAGAGAAUGUGGAUGCAUUCGAGCGGGUAGAAUAGUGAAGUGACAAUUUGGACUUUGCAUAUCAUUUUUUUGGUUGCCCGUAAAACAAAAUAUUGUACACAAAAAUGUUUGGGAAAUCUCGGUGCAUUUUUCUAUUGAAAAGGAACUUUGGGAUUGGUUCAAAGUGGUUGUUUCAAAGUGGUUGUUGCGGCAAAAAAGGUAAGAGGAUGAAGAUGAUGUGAACGUAGUAACCAUUGGUACUCAUGACUUUGGUGGUAUACCUUCUUCUAGUGGUUUGAAGAAAGCUAAGGCUUCGAAACAAAGAGGCAAUAGAGGGUUAUCAUCAACACUAGUACAAAUUGCUAUAAAUUUGGGUGAGAUUCUUAAAACAAUAUUGAUGUGAGAGGUUAUGGGAUGAACCUAUGAAAGAGGGGAAAAGCAAAUCCAAUUGGAUGGAAAAAAUGUUUAAUUUGAAGAUGAGUAAAGUUGGAAUCAAUGAAGGUUAAGUGAGAUAUGCUACAAUCCUAUCUCACAAAGAAGAAUUAAGAGCAGGACUUUGAAGACAUGAGAUCGGGGUAUAUACACUUUUCUGAUAAACAAAGAAUUGGGAAUGGGGAAGUUCCAUCUCUGGUUGAUUUAUGUGUUCAGACAGCAAUAGAUAACAUUAGAUACAUUGGUAAUGUUGCUCCAUUAGAUUCACAUCUUCUAGAGCGCAUCUUGCCCCAUUGUACAGUGGAGCAGUUGAUGCAUAUUGAAAAUGCUACAGUUGAGAGGGAUCUUAGUCCAAUUACUGAUAAACUUUGGAAGAAAUUUUAUGAGGCAAAAUUUUUUGCUGAGAGUGUUAAAGUUGUAGAGGCGAGGAUGAAAAAGUAUAAUGUGACAUUUAAUUGGAGACAACUGUAUCAGGCGAAAUUGAAGGAAGUAAACGAGGCUGUAAAUGUAACAGUAGAGCGACUAGCACAAAGAUUAAAGAAUGAAAGUGCCCGAAAGCAAAGUCGUCAAAUCCAGUUUUGUGCAAAGGUUCCCCCCUCGUCUAAGAGACGGACUUUUUGUGGAGCAUUUGGAGAAUCAAGCGCCUAUUCCAAUGCAAAGAGCAGCAUUUUGAAGAAGGCAAAAGCUGAACACUUUAACAGUGCAGAGAUGAAGAACCGGGCAGCUAUACGAAAAGGAGCUGUACAGCAACCAAGAAGUAACAGUAUCUCGAGGCCUCAAAUUGCUCGAGGGAUGGGCUCUACUUCAAAUUCAUAUUCAAAAGGGACUAAGUAAGCUGAUUAAUUGGGGAAGUGAUGAACGUACAAGCGAUGCCUUCCCGCCUCUGCCAAGCAUGUACCAAGAACGUUAACGUUCAAACAACUUUGACUGAGGUGAUCUUAUUCUACUUCCGGCACUGCCAAAUCUGAGCAGGACUUGUCUCUUUUUCUGUAUAUCCGCAUAGGCACAUAGUAGUAAUCUGCGCUGUGCAGUUCUGUAUUAUGUACAACAUUUUUAAUCUGGACCAUUUACCCUUAGUGAUGGAAUAAUCAAUCCAGCAUAACCUGAAGCCUUGAGCUACUUCUGGCUGAUCAAUUUUUAGGAUUAUUUUCCAUAUCUUGUUCAUUGAAUUUGUGGUGUUUUAUUUGUGGAUCACAAGAUCUCCACACUUUUGAAUUUAUAUACUUAUUUUAAACUAGCGAGAGUUAA